ACAAAUAGACAACUUAAAACUGUUGCAUUUGAAAAAGAAAAACAUUGUGGAUCCUCCUCCUCCUCCUCCUUCUUCUUCUUGAUCCUCUCAAAUCUCAAGUACCUCCACGUCUGUUCCUUUAGCUACCAAACAACUAUAACCCCAAAAGCGAAUCUUCUCCUCCACUUUCCUUUUACACACUCAUGGGGUUACCUGUGGUGGCGCUAUGUGCCAAAUUCAAAUUCUUAUCGUUAUCUUCUCACAAUGUUGUUGUGUCGCCAUUACUUGCUUCUUUUCUUUGCCCUUUUUUGGUAAAACUAGCCUGCAGUCUGAGGCUAGUUCGUCGUGCUAGCUCUGAUGUGAUCUAUGCAUCACGGCUAUUCACUUUUCAACUGGGUCGAAUCGCGUUUGAUGUUAGUGGCGGUACUGGUAACAAUCAACAAGAAGCUGUUCUUGGUCUUGGCAAUAGAUGGGGAAGAGCUGUAAGGCUGAUUUGCCAAAGAAUAACUCUUGCAAUAAGGUCACCUGCUACUACUCAUGAUGAUGAUAGCUUUCAUGCUCUCUCUAUGUUUUCUCUUUAAGGCCAGAAAGUGAGAUUUGCAAUGCUAAUUAUUGCCUCCCCCUUUUUUUGUUUCUCUUAAUUUACUGUUGAUUUUUUAAAAGUAUUUCCAUUGGUUGCACUUAAACAGUGCAUAUGGAUCCGUCUGAAAAUAUCUAAACAGAAAAAAGGAAAAAAAGGGAUUAAUCGUGUCCUAUGAUCCUACCAUAUGGGUGUUUUGAAUUUUCUUGUUUUACAUGUUUGCACAUUCGUACAGUUGAAUAUUAAUUGCUAUAUAUGAAAUAGCUUUCGCUGCCAUGCUUGGUAA